GUAUUGUUUCGUCAAGACCAUUUAUAUUGCGAAAAAACAAAAAUUUGUUAAACUAGUACAUAAGUUAUACCGACUGGUGGAUGUCUUAAUCUUAUUAUAAUAUUAUAUUUAAUGCAUUGGAUUUAUCUUAUAAGUUUAGUUCGCUCAUAGGCAUUAUAUAAACUGUCAGAAUUGUAUAAUAAGAAUUAAAAAGGCAGCCAGAAAGCAGUAAUUUGAGUGUGAAUUGAGCCAGUAAUUUUAAGAUACAAACUAACAAAAGACUGAUUUUCAAUGUGAAUAAAACCAUUCCUAAAUUAUGUUUUUGAAGGUAGAUUGAAAGAAGAGUAUACCUCAGCUUUUGUUGGGAAUGAAAUAUGAUAUCGCAUAUUUAUAAAGACUUGUGACGUUCAAUAAAUAUAUAAGGACAACCCUUGACGACCAUUCACAGUGUGUGUUUGUGCGCGGCUUCAGAAAAAAGAUUUAAUAUUCGAUCUAGUGCAAAAUUUGGGAUAAAAAGAGUUUUUAAGGUAAGCAAUUUACAUUCUGCUACGAGGGAUAUUUUUAUUCAGUUCAAAUGGAAAUGAUUUCGUCAAUAGAAAAAUGAUGAGUCCAAUGCAGCUAGGGACUCUGUUUAUAAUAGCAGCAGCUUUACCCCCUUGCAAUGCACAAGUUGACGAACGCCCCGUUAUCUUACCAGCCCCGGUUCCCAAAAUUGAUUGUAUUUGUGACUACAAAGCUAACCCUUGUCGCUGCGAGUUUAAAGUUGAACAUCUUUUGACCAUGAUAUACCAGGAGGGUGGUAAGACAUACCUUGUUGAACCUUUUGACGGACAACUGCGUUUAAAGACCAACAAAACCAUUCUGAAUGCAAGUCAGGCUGAACAAGUGAUUACAGCAGACGGAGAAGGUUCAAGACUAGUUAUUGGAAUCAAUGGGAAGUUUCCUGGCCCGCUGAUUGAUGCGUAUGAGAAUCAAGAAAUAGAGAUAACUGUUGUCAACCAAUUCCAUACGGACAGUGUAACGAUUCAUUUCCACGGUCUCCAUCAAGUCGGACGGCCAUCGAUGGACGGAGUAGCUUUCGUCUCCCAAUGCCCCAUUCUUCCCGGACAAACUUUUGUGUACAAGAUCAGAGCAAGCCCUCCUGGAACAAGUUAUUAUCACGCUCAUAUAGGAGACCAGAGAAGCAUGGGCCUGUAUGGACCUAUUGUCAUAAGGAAACCCCAAAGCGCUGAUCAAUUCUUUGGAGAUAUAAUCAUAACUCUGCAAGACUGGAAUCAUGACAUGGAUUCGGAAACAGCGUAUCAACGAAUGAUAACCGAACAGUUUGACAGCGUAGGAAACGUGCUCCCUCCAACGUUUUCAGUAGACAAUGCUGAAUUUAGCAGGUUUGCAUUUCACUCUGGUCUUGUAAAUGGUAAAGGAAGGUAUUGGCCGACAAAAUAUUCACACAACGGAGCGCCCCUUGAAAGGUUUAUUGUUCGAAAAGGACAAAAGUUUAGGUACAGAAUUAUUGGCGCUCAAACACUAUAUCCAAUGAGAGUGUUCAUACAAGGACAAACUCUUUCACUCAGGACAUCAGACUGCUAUAACCUUAAGCCAAUAGAAGUUCAGUCAAUAAUUGUACAUCCGGGUGAACGGUACGAUUUCACGUUUAGUUUUAGCAGUGCUUCUAAAAAAGAAUACCUGUUGAUUGCAGAAACUAUUGAAACUCGUGAUAGUCACAAUAGCUACCAUGCGGCUGAAGCAGCAAUUGAAAUUGAGGAUUAUGAAGGAGCACGCAACGAUAACCCCGAGAACGACCAGACGGAGGUGUGCAGUGUUGGUGCAAAAUGCGCUGUUUUUAAUUGCCCAUACGGAAGUCCGGGUACAAAUUUUCAAAACUGUCUAAACUUUAACAACGUAACCAACACAGAGCCAAACAGAGAUUCUUCUAUUAUUAUGAACAUUGACGAAGAAUACUUCUUCAACUUUGGUUUUCCCGGGAAGAGCUAUACACCAGGGUCAGUAAAUGGUCGAGAAUUUGUGUCCCCUGUAUCACCAGUUUUAACACAGCCUGGUUCACUGAAGACAAAAUGCGGUGAAAACGACUGUACCAAUGACAUUUGCAAGUGCACAUAUAUUGUUGACCUACCAAAGGACAAGGUCAUUCAGCUGAUCUUUACUAACCUUGGCACUGGAUCGGGUUGGUCCCAUCCUGUUCAUUUGCAUGGCCACACUUUCUUUGUAAUGAAAAUGGGGUUCGGUGCAUACGAUGAAACGAACGGGCGUCUCAUAAACGACACUACAGACAUCAUGUGUACAGAUCUGAACAAUUUUUGCACGGAUAUGCGAUGGACCGAUUCUUCUUGGAUAGGUGGAAACAUUCCUGGCCUUAGUAACGAUCCUCCCCAAAAGGAUACCAUUGUCGUGCCGACCGGCGGUUACGUUGUUGUCCGCAUAGUAACAAACAACCCUGGUAUGUGGUUCCUCCAUUGUCACAUCGACCUUCACAACACUAAUGGAAUGGCUAUGAUUAUCAAUUCUGGACAAGGGUCGCAUCCAGCAACACCUGUAGGAUUUCCGAGAUGUGGCAACUUUCUGAACGAUGGAACAUCGGAUGAUGCACUGAGUACAUCGGAUCACCCUAGAUUGUCUGUAGAUAUUGUGAGUUUUCUCGGAGUUCUUUGCUUCGCGCUGAUCGGAUGUGCUACUUAAGAGGCCUACAUUGCAUUCCCAGAGUGUGUAAACCACGUGAUAAAUUGCGACAUAAAUGCUUCGUCGGUAGGCAAUAUUUUGCUUUAAAUGAAUACUUUAAACAGAGAUAAAUUUACUAUUUCCUCACCAUUUAAAAUGAAACAUAGCGCAGUCUACGCCGCUUAUUAAGCCCCGCAUUCGAUCUUUAACCAGCGUUUGAUUGAGAGUUUAGUUUCUGAAAACACUUUGACAAACCCUUUCACAAAAUCGCCGCCUGAUGGAUCACUUUCAAAACAUUAGUUUGAAAACAGGUUCAUAGAAGUGUUUGAGGGAACUAAUCACCUAUUCAACUCCGGUAAUAAAACGAAGGCGGAUGUCUCUGUAAGCGGUAUAGACUGCCCUUUGUUUCAUUUAAAAUGGGGAAAAAAUUAAAGGUAAUCUUUAAAUCUUCAUUUUAAGCAAAAUGUUGCCUUCCGACGUAGCAUAUAUGAGUUAUAUACUUAUAACCAUUUUAUAUUAUAAUGUCAGAUAUCAUAAAAUAUUAUUGUACGGACUACUUCUAUUGAUGUACAGGCAUACAUCCGAUGUUGUUUUCGAUUAAAAGUGGCCGUGGAGUUCCGAAUGUUCGAUUCAGUGACCAUGACACAACCUGUAAAGUUCUGACAGAUGUUUACGGACUAGUUCAUUUCAAAAUAUACUUAGAUGUUGCUUGUUUCUUUUUUUCUAAAUAUACAUUUUCGUACGUUUGUAGUGAACACUUAAUGUAGAAUUACUCAUUAGCAUAAGAUCACUAAAGGUUAUUUGUUAAUAUAUUAGGAAAAAGCAAAAUGUCUGUAUAAUAUUCAUUUGUCAUUUUUCAAUAGCUAUUGUUAAUAAAUAAGUAUUAACGAAGGACUAAUGAAGAUAUUUUUACGGUUUUAAAUGGCAAGAGGUGAUUCUAUAUGUGUGUGUGUUCAUAUAUUAUUGUGAACAGUAGGUGUGUCAAAUGCUGUUCCAGUUUCCGUUGCACUGACCAUGGCCAACAUCUUGCUUUAGAAGCGGUAUUCAUGUGACACGGGCAACAUUCCUAUGGAUAUAACCUUAGAUGUUGUUAUGAUGGACAUAAUCCUAGGUUAUAUUAACCUAUUUUGAUAUUGUUAUGAAGUUGGGAGGUAGUUGGAAGUUGGUAGUUGAGGAUUCGAAUAUUCAACUAAAUACUAGUUUGAAGUAUGUUAUUCGAAUAUUCAACUACCUGCUACUUGCUAGUUUUGGAUUUGAAAAAAAAAAUCAAUUGCAUGUACUUUGUGGUUAGAUGCUGAUGUUUAAAUGAAGAUGCUAUUUGCGAAUAUCAAACUUCCAACCAAUUCAUGUAUUUUCAUGACACUGUUUUAAUCAUUAUUUUCUACAUUCGCCAGUUGGAUAUUCAAACAUUGCAAGUUGGUUAUUCGCCUAUAGCUAUAUAACUACCAACCAGUUGGCAGUUGGGGAUCAAGUGUUUGUCUUUUUAUAUAGUUAAAAGGUAUGCAUGUGAAGAAGCCACGCCCUUUAUGCUUUAUGCUUGUACACAUAUGUAUUUUCGUGACAAACACUGUUUUUAACUUGGUUAAUAUCCAUGCAUUCACCAGUAUGUUAUUUUUAAAAAUUACACAUGUAAAGAAAUCAAACAAUUAUUGUAUUUUAAAUCAUGUACUCGUAUGUAUCUUCGAAAAACUCUGUUUAAAAGCACUUUCAUUUGAACAUUCGCCAGUUGAUUAUUCGACCAGUUUCGCAAAAGUCGAUGGUAGCGGAUUUAGGUUAUACCUUGUUUUCUAGAUGUUGAUGUAAAAAAUAUUUUGUCUUUUUAUCCAUGUAUACAUAUAUCUCGUUACUCACACUUUUUAGUUCACAGUUUUCUUCGUAUAUUAGCCUGUUGGUUGUUCAACCACUAACAGUUGGUUAUUCGCGAAUAUCCAACUACAAACCAGUUGGUAGUUGGAGAUUCAGACUUUGUAUUGUUUUAUGUUUUAAAGGUACGCAAAUAACAAAUUGAAAACGAUUGAAUAAGCAACCAUAUGGCUAAUGUAUGAUCAACAGUUUAUUUUUAUGUUUUCGAUGUCGGAAUUUCCCCCUAAGAAUGAUAAUUGCCUGAAUUGUAUUUCAAAAAGUAAUUCUGAUUGAUUGUUCAAGCAAAACGAUAUUAAUCACAGUUGCUCGACCAGAAGUAAACAAGCUUUUUAAGAGUAACCUUUACCCGAGCCUUUUAUUGCAAUUCUUUAUAAACGAAAGCUGUAGUAUUACGAUAUGAACUGUGUCCGACAGGGAAAUAUAAAAGUAAAGUACAAUAUUAAUAUA